AUGACAACACGUACACUACGGAAGCGGGCGGCCGCAAGCACCACGGACAAAUCAUUGCCCAAACGACAGAAGACCAAGGUUGCUGGCCCGCCCAACGACGAAGCAGAGGAGUUGCCACACAAUCUGGGCCCUGUCCGUCCAUCCCGAAGGAACCACCAAGCGGAUGCCACGUCAACAAAGGUCGCGGAUGGGAUAGUUGGACACGUCAAACUUGAGAAUGGCUCCCCCGAGGCCAAACCACUGGUUGGCCUUAUGGUCAAGCCGCCAUCCACAGAUGGAGAAGUGGUGACUCGAAGAUCAUUGCGACCGAGGCGAUCCGCUGCUAAGCCGUCGUAUCUCGAGUCGGAUGAUGAGCUUGAGACGAAAAAACCCGCCAAAAGAUCAAGCAGACAAUCAGCCGUGAAGAGUGAGGUGAAAGAUGAAUAUGAGGAUGCCGAGGUGGUGCCAGAGAUUCCAGCUCGAAAACCUGUCAAAAAGACCAAGAAUAAUCCUUAUGGACUCACACCUGGCAUCACCCCCUUUCCCGAAUGGACGGCCCCUUCAGCAGCAGAGUGCGAAGAAGUCUAUCGCAGACUUUCUUCCAUCCAUGGUGAAGCAAAGGCCCCUGACAAGAUACCGGCACCGUCGUUGGAGGUGUCAGGAUGUGGAGAGGUUCCUUCGGUUCUCGAUGCUCUGAUCCGGACUCGUCUCAGCGCAAACACCUCCAACCGAAACUCGAGUGCUGCUUUCAGAGGGCUAGUGAGCACUUUUGGUACUGUCGACGAAGGAAUUGGUAAAGGAAGCGUUGACUGGAAUAAGGUCAGAACAGCUCCCUUGACAACCAUUGUCGAAGCGAUCAAAACAGGUGGUUUGGCGCAGGUCAAGGGAAAAGACAUCAAAGCAAUAUUGGAGUUGGUUCAUGAGGAGAAUGUGAAGCGACGAGAUGCUUUCAUUCAGGAGAAGAAGUCAGGCAAGGUAUCUGGGAUUGUCAAGGCUGAUGGCAAGACCCAAGGUCAGAAGGACCUAGAGAUCUUGAAGACGGAACAGGACAUCCUCUCACUGGACCACAUUCACGGGAUGCAUCCCGACGAAGCGAUGCAGACAUUGACCAAGUUUCCCGGCAUCGGCGUCAAGACAGCAUCAUGCGUCAUCCUGUUCUGUCUCCAGCAGCCCAGCUUUGCCGUCGACACACACGUCCACCGGCUUGCUGGGUGGCUGAAGUGGAUGCCGCCCAAAGCUACACGGGACCAGACGUUUAGCCAUCUGGAAGUGCGAAUACCGAAUCAUCUUAAGUACGGGCUGCAUAAGCUCUUUGUUCAGCAUGGGCGAAGCUGCAUACGAUGCAGAGCUAACACAAGUGAGGGGAGUGAGGAGUGGAACAAUGAAGAGUGCCCCCUGGAAGGACUCGUCGAGAGAGCGGGGAAGAGACAACACGCAGCGGCAAAGAAGAAACAGAUCAAGGAUGAGGAUAGCGACUGA